UCACCCCUACAUGUCCACCCCUCUCCCCUCCCGCCUCCCACCCAGCCCAUCUUCUGUCCCUGGUAGACAUUCCUUCCUGAUCUUGCCUCGCUCUUGUGCUACCUCCACAUCUCAUCUCCCCAUGGACGGCGGCGCCGCCACCGUCUGCUCCAUGUGCGGGGACAUCGGCUUCCCCGACAAGCUCUUCCGGUGCGCGCGCUGCCGCUACCGCUUCCAGCACUCCUAUUGCACGAACUACUACGGCGACGGGGCACCGGCCUCAGCCGGGGCCGACAUGUGCGACUGGUGCCUCGGCGACGUCUCCGGGAAGGCCAGGAGGAGCGCGUCUACAUCCGGGAAGCAGCAGGCCUCCGUCUGCCAGGAUUCGGCCACGACGGGCUACUCCGGCAGGAUCGACAAGGCGGCAACCGGCGGCGACCAGGAGAGCGGGCGGCGAGGGUCGACCAAGGUGGGAGGCCGCAGGUACAAGCUGCUCAAGGACGUCCUGUGUUAGAAACUAGUUUUAGGCGCCAUCUUGCAGGCCUGAUCGAGCAUGACCGAUAAGUAAGACCAGCUAGUUAUGAGGAGUUAGCUUGUAGCCAAGGUCGGUAGUUAUAUUAGUUUGAUCGAUGUGCAUAUAUGAGUAUUGUAUAUGUUUGUUUGCUUAUGUGUUACUUAGGAGUAAGCAUCUGCUCGCUUAUAGUAAGUACUCUGGCUUGGCAAACCUUAUCUUAUGCUGUUUGUGUGGCCACAGUUUAUCUAGCACGUACUCUCUUGUUC